GCUGCCGUGUGAGGCUAAUGUGGCCACGUUGUCGCAAUGAUGUGUUCAUGUAAGGUGAUGAUGAAGUAGAUAAUAAUGCGUGUGUGGGAAGCCAUGAUGAGUGUGAAUGACAUGACAAGUGAAGUGUGUGUGUGGGAAGCGAUGAUGAGUGUGAAUGGCAUGACAAGUGAAGUGUGUGUGUGGGAAGCGAUGAUGAGUGUGAAUGACAUGACAAGUGAAGUGUGUGUGUGGGAAGCCAUGAUGAGUGUGAAUGACAUGACAAGUGAAGUGCGUGUGUGGGAAGCGAUGAUGAGUGUGAAUGACAUGACAAGUGACGUGCGUGUGUGGAAGUGGGUGAGAAUGAUGAAACGGUAUGUGUAUGGGGAGGGGUGAGAAUGAUGAAACGGUAUGUGUAUGGGGUGGGGCGAGAAUGAAUAGUAUAGCUCAUUUGGUUCGCUCACGGUGAGAUCAGUGAUGGAGUUAUUAUUCCAACUUUACGCCAAGUAAUGGGGACAUUCGGGAGCUGUUGUCUACUGACAGGCUACUGACAGACUGUUUAUGGACAGGCUACUGACAGACAGUCUACUGACAUGCUACUGACAGACAGGCUACUGACAUGCUACUGACAUGCUACUGACAGACAGUCUACUGACAGACAGGCUACUGACAGACAGGCUACUUGACUUGUCAAAUAAACAUGAGCUCUUUUUUUUCUGGUCUUCAAGGCUUGUCUCCAUGAUGAUUUUACAACAUAAUAUGAGCAGUGAAACUACACAUCUAACAUUAGCCCUAACCUACACAUGUUACAUAGCUCUAACCUACACAUGUUACAUAGCUCUAACCUACACAUGUUACAUAGCUCUAACCUACACAUGUUACAUUAGCUCUAACCUACACAUGUUACAUUGGCUCUAACCUACACAUGUUACAUAGCUCUAACCUUCACAUGUUACAUUAGCUCUAAUCUACACAUGUUACAUUGCUCUAACCUACACAUGUUACAUUAGCUUUAACCUACACAUGUUACAUUAGCUCUAACCUACACAUGUUACAUUAGCUCUAACCUACAUAUGUUACAUUAGCUAUAACCUCCACUGUGCCACUCAGUGCUUCACAUGUUACAAUAGAUAUAACCUCCACAGUGCCACUCAGUGCUACACAUGUUACAAUAGAUCUAACCUCCACAGUGCCACUCAGUGCUACACAUGUUACAAUAGAUCUAACCUCCACAGUGCCACUCAGUGCUUCACAUGUUACAAUAGAUCUAACCUCCACAGUGCCACUCAGUGCUACAUAUGUUACAUUAGCUCUAACCUCCACAGUGCAACUCAGUGCUUCACAUGUUAAAUUAGCUCUAACUUCCACAGUGCCACUCAGUGCUACACAUGUUACAUUCGCUCUAACCUCCAAAGUGCCACUCAGUGCUACACGUGUUACAUUAGCUCUAACCUCCACAGUGCCACUCAGUGCUAAACAUGUUACAUUAGCUCUAACCUCCACAGUGCCACUCAGUGCGACACAACAUCAAAGUUAUCAGUUUAUCUCCUAACACGCACGUAAUGAUGGCAUUGACAUCGACAUGAUAUCUGUGGCAGACGAUACGUCAGACGGACGUCCUUCAUCUGACCGAAUUGUUAGUCAUGCGCCCUAACUGAUUGGUAUCGAUGCCACGUUGGCUAACGUUGAAAUCGAUCGUUAUAAUAAAUACCCGAAACAUCGAUUCCGGACAUGAUUUAAAAAAAAAAAAAAAGGAGUCCUCACAGCAAAGUGCAAACAGUCCAGUGUCCCGCAUUGUGAAGACAGUGGUACCUUCAGAAUGACGCUAUCGAUUUGGGUGCAUUCCGUUCAGUGGCGUACCAAGACGGGUUCGAGGCCGUGUUUCAUCCUAGGGUCUAAGGCACCCCCCCCCCCUCUUACGGACCCAAUGCCUCUACGCCACCGAUCCGUUUGUGAAGACAGUGGUACCUUCAGUAUGACGCUAUCGAUUUGGGUGCAUUCCGUUCAGUGGCGUACCAAGACGGGUUCGAGGCCGUGUUUCAUCCUAGGGUCUAAGUCACCACCCCCCCCUCUUACGGACCCAAUGCCUCUACGCCACCGAUCCGACCCUGCCUCACCAGUCGCAUGUCGGGUCAGGCUUCGAUCAAUAGCUAUCGGUGCAAUAAUCAGCUGCAUUGCUCGUGCUUUGAUAUUAGUUAGAAGAAUGAUAGGCAAUGAUUUACCACGUCGACGUCUCGCGUCAAUUACUAUAAUGGCCCGGGUAAGAGAAGAACCCUUUUGUGUAAUUGAAACGCCACUGAUUCGGUUCCAAAUCGGAUUAUAGAGAUUGCAGGUUCCUUCUUUGACACUGUGAGAGGCAGUAUACAUUAUUAUUAUUAUUAAUAUUAUGGGCUUUAAGGAAAAGAGAUGUACAAUAUUCAGUACAGCCUACGGUACAACCUACACUACAACCUAUGGUAUAACCUGCGGUGCAAAUUCCAGUACAAUAAGAUUCAGCGUUAAAAUUUGAAAACAGAUGUUGGCCCCACUAUAACAUCAACUAACACGUGUUGCCCCCCUCCCCCAACUGUGACAUAAACAAACACAUGUUGGCCCUCAACUUUGACAUCAACUAACACAUGAUGGCUCCACUCUCACAUCAACUAACACGUGUUGGCCCCACUGUCACAGCAACUGACAUAUGUUGGCCCCACUGUCACAUUAACUAACACGUGUUGGCCCCACUGUCACAGCAACUGACACAUGUUGGCCCCACUGUCACAUCAACUAACACAUGUUGGUCCCAUUGUCACAGCAACAGACACAUUUUUGCCCCACGGUCACAUUAACUGACACCAACUGUCACACCAACUGCCACACCAACUGCCACACCAACUGACAACAACUGUCACAUCAACUGACAUAACUGUAACACCAACUGACACCAACUGUAACAUCAACUGACAUCAACUGUCACACCAACUGAAACUAACUGUCACAUCAACUGACAUCACCUGUCACACCAACUGAAAACAACUGUUAACAACUGUCUCACCAACUGACAACAACUGUCACGUCACACCAACUGACAACAGAUGUCACACAAACUGACACCAAUUGUCAAACCAACUGACACCAACUGUCACAUCAACUGACAUUAACUGUAACACCAACUGACACCAACUGUAACAUCAACUGACAUCAACUGUCACACCAACUGAAACUAACUGUCACAUCAACUGACAUCACCUGUCACACCAACUGAAAACAACUGUUAACCCAGUGACAACAACUGUCUCACCAACUGACAACAACUGUCACGUCACGCCAACUGACAACAGAUGUCACACAAACUGACACCAAUUGUCACACCAACGGACACCAGCGGUUGACUUAGCUUUUGUUUCGCUCUCACAGCUGUUAAACCGCGUCUUGUCCCUCGUGACGUCAUGGCACGUCCUGCCGUACUACCUCCUGGCCGUCGGCUACUCGUUCUGGUACGCCAGACUGGAGCCACCGCCGUCCCGCCAGUUCGAGGUGUGCGUGAUGAGGAUCCUACCGCUGGUCUACCUCAUGGAGCUCAUCCGACACUCGGACGACACGGUGUGUGAGGCACAGAGAAAUUACUGCCGGUACGUGCCGCUAACAACUCACGUUUCUUCAACUCCUUGCUCUGAAAGUUGCUCCCUUUUAACUAAGGACAUCUCACUCAAUACGGUAGUAAAAUAAAACAUGAGUCUCAUUGCAUGCCUGCCGGGAAGUUACGUUAAGGGAGACAACCUUUGAAACGAUGGUGCAUUUUUUUUGAGAAUUCAGUUGCUUCCCCUUUCAUAUACGUUUAAAAAAAAAUCCUGGACAGUAUUUCUGUCUCCACACCUGACAGUAGUCAUGUAUCCACACCCGGCAGUAGGCAUGGAUCCACACCCGGCAGUAGGCAUGUAUCCACACCCGGCAGUAGGCAUGUAUCCACACCCGGCAGUAGGCAUGUAUCCACACCUGACAGUAGUCAUGUAUUCACACCCGACAGUUGUCAUGUAUCCACACCCGGCAGUAGGCAUGUAUCCACACCCGACAGUAGGCAUGUAUCCACACCUGACUGUAGUCAUGUAUCCACACCUGACAGUUGUCAUGUAUCCACACCUGACAGUAGGCAUGUAUCAAAACCUGGCAGUAGCCAUGUAACCACACCUGACAGUAGCCAUGUAUCCACACCUGACAGUAGUCAUGUAUCCACACCUGACAGUAGUCAUGUAUCCACACCUGACAGUAGUCAUGUAUCCACACCUGACAGUAGUCAUGUAACCACACCUGACAGUAGCCAUGUAUCCACACCUGACAGUAGCCAUGUAUCUACACCUAACAGUAGGCAUGGAUCCACACCUGACAGUAGUCAUGUAUCCACACCUGACAGUAGCUAUGUAUCCACACUUGACAGUAGUCAUGUAUCCACACCUGACAGGUACAUCCUGUUGGGUCUGGUGGUGUUUGCCGUGGGUGACGUCAUGCUGACGUGGGACAUGGAACUGCUGACGUAUGCCCUGUCUCUCUUUUGUGUUGGGCUGCUCUUGUAUGCUGCAGCUUUCUAUCAGUACUACAAGGUAGGUAGAGUACACCUGAACAGUGCUACAUGGUAGGUAGAGUACACCUGAACAGUGCUACAUGGUAGGCAGAGAACACCUGAACAGUACAACAAGGUAGGUAGAGUACACCUGAACAGUGCUACAUGGUAGGUAGAGUACACCUGAACAGUACUACAUGGUAGGCAGAGAACACCUGAACAAUACUACAAGGUAGGUAGAGUACACCUGAACAGUGCUACAUGGUAGGCAGAGUACAUCUGAACAGUGCUACCAGGUAGGUAGAGUACACCUGAACAGUGCUACAUGGUAGGCAGAGUACAUCUGAACAGUGGUACAAGGUAGGUAGAGUACAUCUGAACAGUGCUACAAGGUAGGCAGAGUACAUCUGAACAGUGCUACAUGGUAGGUAGAGUACAUCUGAACAGUGCUACAUGGUAGGUAGAGUACAUCUGAACAGUGCUACAUGGUAGGUAGAGUACAUCUGAACAGUGCUACAUGGUAGGUAGAGUACAUCUGAACAGUGCUACAUGGUAGGUAGAGUACAUCUGAACAGUGUUACAUGGUAGGUAGAGUACAUCUGAACAGUGCUACAUGGUAGGUAGAGUACAUCUGAACAGUGCUACAUGGUAGGUAGAGUGCAUUUGAACAGUGCUACAAGGUUGGUAGAGUACAUCUAGGUUUGAACAGUACUACAAGGUAGGUAGAGUACAUCUGAACAGUGCUACAAGGUUGGUAGAGUACAUCUAGGUUUGAACAGUACUACAAGGUAGGUAGAGUACAUCUGAACAGUGCUACAAGGUUGGUAGAGUACAUCUAGGUUUGAACAGUACUACAAUUUAUAAAAUAAUAGAGCUAAAAGAUAUUAACAGUACUAUAAAUAAAUAUAAAAUAGGGAACGUUGUAUGAACAGUGCUACAUUGUAUGAACAGUGCUACAUUGUAUGAACAGCGCUACAUUGUAUGAACAGCGCUACAUUAUAUGAACAGUGCUACAUUGUAUGAACAGUGCUACCUUGUAUGAACAGUGCUACAUUGUAUGAACAGCGCUACAUUGUAUGAACAGUGCUACUUUGUAUGAACAGUGCUACAUUAUAUGAACAGUGCUACAUUGUAUGAACAGUGCUACAUUGUAUGAACAGUGCUACAUUGUAUGAACAGCGCUACAUUGUAUGAACAGCGCUGACCACUCACCGCCCGAGUCUCUUCCACACAGUCCAUGAAGGUAGUUCACUAGUGAUGGUUGCCAGCUCUUGGGACAAGGCCAUCUGACCACUCACUGCCCGAGUCUCUUCACACAGUCCAUGAAGGUAGUUCACUAGUGAUUGUUGCCAGCUCUUGGGACAAGGCCAUCUGACCACUCACUGCCCGAGUCUCUUCCACACAGUCCAUGAAGGUAGUUCACUAGUGAUUGUUGCCAGCUCUUGGGACAAGGCCAUCUGACCACUCACUGCCCGAGUCUCUUCCACACAGUCCAUGAAGGUAGUUCACUAGUGAUUGUUGCCAGCUCUUGGGACAAGGCCAUCUGACCACUCACUGCCCGAGUCUCUUCCACACAGUCCAUGAAGGUAGUUCACUAGUGAUUGUUGCCAGCUCUUGGGACAAGGCCAUCUGACCACUCACUGCCCGAGUCUCUUCCACACAGUCCAUGAAGGUAGUUCACUAGUGAUUGUUGCCAGCUCUUGGGACAAGGCCAUCCGACCACUCACUGCCCGAGUCUCUUCCACACAGUCCAUGAAGGUAGUUCACUAGUGAUGGUUGCCAGCUCUUUGGACAAGGCCAUCUGACCACUCACUGCCCGAGUCUCUUCCACACAGUCCAUGAAGGUAGUUCACUAGUGAUUGUUGCCAGCUCUUGGGACAAGGCCAUCCGACCACUCACCGCUCGAGUCCACUCUAAAUCUGUCCUGUUUCAUCAAUUUGAUGAUCUGAUGUGUCAACUUUAAAAAAAUAUAUUUAUGUUAUGAGAAACUUCUAUCCAAACUGCACAUCGAACAGCAAAUAGUUAAGAGUGCUCUUAAUGUGACAAGGACGGACAACUCAGUGGAAAUGUCCUGCAGCUCUCACUUGUACAUCGAUUGAGCCACUUAAUAAGUCUUAGACAGUCCAGAUGCCAGCUCAAUGGGAUCGGCUUCCUGAUACAAAGAAACGGCAGCUCAGAUAGCGUGUUUUAGGAUGUGAGCUUCCCGUGCCUUGCUGCAGCAUUCAGCACAUGUGUUGUGAUUGUGUCCAUUGAUGAUGUCAUUGUGCUCAGCAUAUGUGUUGUGAUUGUGUCCAUUGAUAAUGUCAUUGUGCUCAGCACAUGUGUUGUGAUUGUGUCCAUUGAUGAUGUCAUUGUGCUCAGCACAUGUGUUGUGAUUGUGUCCAUUGAUGAUGUCAUUGUGCUCAGCACGUGUGUUGUGAUUGUGUCCAUUGAUGAUGUCAUUGUGCUCAGCACAUGUGUUGUGAGUGUGUCCAUUGAUGAUGUCAUUGUGCUCAGCACAUGGGUUGUGAUUGCGUCCAUUGAUGAUGUCAUUGUGCUCAGCACAUGUGUUGUGAUUGUGUCCAUUGAUGAUGUCAUUGUGCUCAGCACAUAUGUUGUGAUUGUGUCCAUUGAUGAUGUCAUUGUGCUCAGCACAUGUGUUGUGAUUGUGUCCAUUGAUGACGUCAUUGUUUUGUUGGCUGUAAAUGGUAGCGCGCAAUUUGAUAGAGAACUUAGUCGCUGAUUCAUCUGUAUUUUACGUUUAUUGAAAUUCCUACUUUCGCCUGAUUAAUGACUUCAAGUUACGUGGUUAAUGACUUAUAGCUGUCUGAUUGAAAUGUUACAUUAAGAAAUGGCGUCAGCAGGGCGAGUCUAGACUCUUAUGCCCCCCCCCAAAUUACCCCUCCCCGGUCCGACGUAUCGGGCCGCGGAGCGGCACGUUGGAGAUGCCCACUCGUCAGGACGGCCCCCACACGGGCCCCUCACCCAAGUCCCCCGCCUGGGCGCUCGACCAGGACCCCGCUUGGGGGCCGCCCCAACCAGCAGGCACCCGGUCGACCCGACACUAUGGGUUUAAAUAGUGCACUCGAUCGACUUUCUCAGGAGUCGGGAUGGAAAAUUUACGUCCUAAUAUCUUCCCCCACCCAUCCCGGGAAAGCUUCGGACGCCCUAUAAGAGGGAUUCCACAGUGGGUUUCAACAACGCGACCUGUUUCACGCUGUAGCUGGGACGAAACGGUUGUCUAUGGGCAGCGUUCUCACGGCUGCAUUAUUUGAAUCCUCGGCCAGAGGUUACCACCCUUGCCUCUGGCCUCAUACCCGUCAACGGCAACUGUCUGAUUAAUGACUUCGAAUUGUCUGAUUAUGACUUCAAGUUACCUGAUUAAUGACUUUAAGUUACCUGAUUAAUGACUUUAAGUUGUCUGUUAAACGGCUUCAAUUUGUCUGACUAAUGACUUAAGUGGCAUGAUUAAUGACUUCAAGCUGUGUGUGACGCAAUAGCUAUAGUAUAACAUCAUAUGUGAAGCUAUAGCUCGAAUAAAACAUUGUAUGUGAGGCAAUAGCUCGAACAUAACAUCUUGUGUGAGGCAGUAGAUCAAAUAUAACAUCUUAUGUGAGGCAAUAGAUCUAAUAUAAGAUCGUACGUGAGGCAAUAGAUCUAAUAUAACGUCGUAUGUGAGGCAAGAGAUCUAAUGUAUCAUCGUAUGUGAGAGCAAUUUAUCUGAGUCAUCUGUUCUUCCUCCUUAGAGAGCCACCUAUGCGUACUUCAUCAUUCCAUUCAACUUGGCCACCUAUGGGGGGCUGACGUACACACUUGGCAUCAAGCUGUUCACUUUGCCCAUGAUAAGCUACACGUUCGCCAUUACAGUAUUAGCAUUCUACGCCUUGGCCAGGUAAGAUGUAGAGUACAUUGUAUUUAUAUGAACAGUCAGUGCUAGGUAGGCUAAAGUAUAUCCAGAUCUGGACAGAAAGUGAUGGUUUCACUAUAGAAUAUCCAGAUCUGGACAGUCAGUGAUGGGUGCACUAAAGAAUAUCCAAAUGGACACAGUUAAUGAUAGGUGCGCUAAAGAAUAUCCAGAUGUGCACAGUCAGUGAUCGGUGCGCUAAAGAAUACCCAGAUGUGCACAGUCAGUGAUAGGUGCGCUAAAGAAUAUCCAGAUGUGCACAGUCAGUGAUAGGUGCGCUAAAGAAUAUCCAGAUGUGCACAGUCAGUGAUAGGUACGCUAAAAAAUAUCCACAUGUGCACAGUCAGUGAUAGGUUCGCUAAAGAAUAUCCACAUGUGCACAGUCAGUGAUAGGUGCGCUAAAGAAUAUCCACAUGUCCACAGUCAGUGAUAGGUGCGCUAAAGAAUAUCCACAUGUGCACAGUCAGUGAUAGGUGUGCUAAAGAAUAUCCAGAUCUGGACAGUCAGUGAAAGGUGCGCUAAAGUAUUUCCAGAUAUAUCAAUCAAACUUUUGUUGGCGCGCUAAUCCACAUAUAUCACAGCAUUCACAAUACUGUUUAUUGAACACAACAUCUGCAUAUUUGUAGAUGCGCUAUACACGAUCUGUAGCUCAACAUUUACUCUUUUUUUUUGGUCAUGCCACAUGGUAAGCCAGUUUUUAUUCUCUCCACAAAAAAAAAGGGGGGGGGGGGAAUAAAUUCAUUCUCCACAAAAAAAGAAACCGCAAAACCCGGGCAAUGUCUUAGUUUCAUUCUAUUUCAAACUUUGGUCCGUGUUUAAGACACUGCCAUACACAUGAAAUAUAAAUUUAAUUAAUACGUAUAUAAAUGUUUCAUUUUUGUUUGUUGCACUGACGAAGGCAUUUGCCGAAACGACUUACAUUUGUAUUUUGUAUAAUCAUCAUUACAGCUGAACUUAUAUUGACAUAAAUUUGAAUUAUGCAGACACAAAAAAAAAAUGAUGCCUUCUAACGCAGAAAAUCCAUUUGUCUGAACUUUCCCAAACCAAAGUAAUACAAAAAAUAACGUGCCCUUCCUGUCUUCUGUAACAGGGUUGAGAUGUUUCGCACUGUUCCGUCCUACCUUGGAUGGGCAGGGGUCAAGCUCUUUAUGCUAGUGGACUUCUUCAUCGUCUGCAACGAGACAUGGUCCGGGGAGGAGGCUCAGUUCUCGGGCUCUGUGCUUACGAUGACGUAUUACUUGGCUCAGUUGGGGAUAGCUACUAGCGUGUUCUUCUGUUGACCACGCUGACUGUUACAAGUAUUAUGAUGUGUUGUAAUUAAUUAUGUUCUGACCCAAUUGUUACAAGUAUGGG